ACCAUAACUUGUAGGAGACUAGUGCUUCUUGCAUUUUGCUUAGCUUCUCCUUUAUUCUCCUUUAAAAACCUCCAAUCUCAACCCUCUUUCGAUAAACUAGAAAAUUCGAAAAAAAUCUUGAAAAAUGUCUGCCUCAUUUCAAACCCUUCCAAAUCCCGGACCACCCCAGCAACAGCAACAGCAACAGCAACCUGGGCUGUUCUACCCAACACCAACAACCGCCUCAUCAACAACAGACGGAAAUGUGCAAAACACGGGCCCGCCCGACCACUCAACCGGGUCAUUCGGGAUGGUUUUCGUCGUCCUAGCGAUAAUCCUCGUGGUAUCGGCCGUUGCUUGUGUACUUGGCCGGUUUUGUAGUAAGAAAUCCGACAAGUCAUCCAAAUCCCACCACCCUAAUAAGCCUCAUAAGGGGUCUAAGAAGGGUAAGCACGACCACAACGUUAACCACAACCACAUGAUGAACCACCACAAGGGUGGUGGUAAGCCGCACCACGGCGGCGGAGGAGGGCGGCCUAAGGACAGAGACCUCGAGUUUGGGUACCGGUCUAAGGAAGGCGAUAUCAUGAUGGGAUUCGAUACUAAGAUGAAGUCGAUGCCUAGUAGUGCUAAAGUUGCUAAUAACAAUGGAGAUUUCCGAGUUGAUAGCAUGGGAAGAGGUAAUAACAUGAUGGGGUCUCAUUAUCAACAGGGAAACAACCCUAGAGAUUUUCGAGUUGAUAGUAUGGGAAGAGGUAACAUGGAGUCUCAACAUCAUCAUCAUGGAAACAACCCUAGAGAUUUUCGAGUUGAUAGCAUGGGAAGAGGUAUGGAGAAUCAUCAUCAUCAUGGAAAUCCUAGAGAUUUUCCUUAGAUUUUGUUAACUAAAUUAAUUAUCAUCUUAUUGAAGAUCUCGUUCAUAAACAACUUAUUUAAUUACCUUUCCUUCUAUAUUUUUUUUAUUUUUAAAUUAUUAGUUAGAUUUGGACCUUUCUCGGAUCCUGUAUUAAAUAGCGGAGCCUGAAUUGUGUAAUGGGUACGACCUUUUAUUACUAUGCUUGAGGGGUGAAGAUGUGUAUUCGUAUAUUUUUCCAUGACAAAGAUUGUCAUCUGAAUUAAGUGAUAGUGUUUAAUUAAUAUGGGUUUGGAUAUUAA